GAGAAAGAGAGAGAGAGAGGAGCACGUAUGUUGUUGUUAUUGUUGUGAAGAUGGCGACAGUGGUGAGUCCAGGGGUUGUUGAGAGGUGUCCCUUGUGCAACCAGAGGAGCAGGGCGUAUUACUGCAAGGAGUGUGUCAGGAAUGGAACCUUCUACCACUCAAGGAUGCGGCUGCCAGAGAGGUACGCGGACAAGCGGCUGCGGUACCUGAGGCUGCGGCAGGAGACAGACGCCCUACAGAAGGAGGUGGAGAGAAUUCACACGGCGGAGACCAGACACCUCCUGCUGAAAGAGAAAAGGGAGGAAUUGAAGGAUCGCAUAGCCCUCCUUCACCUUGUCCUUGAUGCUGCUAAGGACAGUCUCACUAAAGUGAAGGUCCAGAGCAAGGAGUUGGAGAGAAGCAACGCUGAUAGGAAGGUUCAGUUGCCAAUAUUUCAACAGAGACUCGCCAAAAUGAAGGCAAUAUUGGAACAGUACAGCAAGGAAAAGAUCGAGGAGAAGAGGAAGCAGGCGCAGCAAAGUGAGUUGCGGCUCAAGACGAUAGUGAGGUGGAGUUUGCAGGAAGUGAAUCGCUACAUCUUCCCUAUCACUGAGAUUAAGCCGCCCAGGAGCAGUGACAGCGACCCCUCCAGCACUGCAUGGGCCCUAGCCGAGGCCUCCCAGACCACGUAUGUGAGAGGGCGCUGGGUGUACACAGAUGCCUCCCACGAAACACAGUACAGGGUAGUGGAACCUCUCCUGCCGGGGUCUGGGGACUACAGCGCCUAUAACCUGGCUGUCCUGAGUCUGGGGGGAGGUGAAGGGGAGGAUGGGAACGCCAAGGAGGAAGGGGGAGGCUUCAACAUCUGUGCUGGCCUCACCUACCUGGCGCAGCUUGUUAGUGUCCUGGCGUUCUACCUUGAUGCCACGCUGCCCAAGAAACUCUGCUACAGUGACUUCUGCAAGGGCGAGCUGAAUGAGCAGCAGUUUGCGCGGCGUGUGUCGCAGCUGAACGCCAACACGCUGUACCUGUGCCUCAGCCAGGGCGUGCCCCCCGCCCUGCUGCGCCCCAAGCACACCGUGGCCAACGUGCUUGCUCUCCUGGACACCACCGUGGCCGACCUGGGCAGGCAGGGGAGCUUUGACGUGCCUGCCGUGCUGGUGGAGAGCCUGGAGGAGGGCGAGGGUGACGACUCUGACUCAGAUGACGAGGAGGACACUGACACUCUCUCAGCGGAGUGGGAGACGGUUCCUCACCUCCCCAUGCUGGAGACCCCCCCCAUGCCCACUCUGCAGGCCCACUCCACCCUCACCUCCACCACGCUAUACUCCCAGGCAUGGGGGGGCGGUGGGAGGGGCUGUGGGGCCGGGGGGCUGGUGUCCUCUGCUGCUGCUUCUGUUAUGUCCCUCUUCCGCGGGCUUGGCGGCCACCACAAGUGAGAGGGAGUGGGAGAGGGAAGUCUAUAGCACCGUGUGAAGUGUGUGGCAGUGAGGCAGGGAGGACACGGGACAUGGUAACACUGCUAGGCUUCCACUCACCCACUCAUUCGCUCACCCACUGCCUGCCUGACUGCCUUAC